AACUUAUGGAAUGAAUAAUAUGAUAAGGCUCAUUUACAUCUGUUAGGCGAAACUCAAAUCGACUCAUUUACAUUCGAUAUGAUGCCGUCUAUUAUAAAUGUUGUCCUAAAGCAAAAAAAAAAAAGCAGAGAUAAAUUCAUUGUAGUUUGAAAGAGAUUAACUUUUAUUAUUAAAAUUCAAGCCCUCAAACCUCAUAAAUUAGCAAUAAGAAGCCAAGUUGAUGAUAGCAAAUCCAAAAGAGAUCGAGUUGAACGCGCAUGAAGCAAUUUGGGAUUAGAUUGAUCUUUCAUGUGUUGAUUGAGACCAAAGAAAGAAAGUGAUUUUUUGUGGCAGUCGAAUUCGAGCCCAUUCAUUCAAUCAUUUUCCUGAUAAUGAUUGAUGAUGGAAAGUUUGCCCUCAUCCUCUCUAGGACUUGUCCUCUUUACCGAUUUCCCUCCUAAAAAAACAAAGAGAGGAGAACAAAUUUCGUAAUUUUUGAUAAGCGAGAGCAUAAAAUAUAAAUAGAACAUAAUUACAAAUUUUUUCCUACAUAUUUUUUCCAUUUGUUUGAUACUUUCCGUAUUUAACGUGUAUAACACCUUUCGUGCACGUAUUUUAAGCAGUUAUAUUAAUACCUUUAUAAUUUUCUAUAUUUAUAUUCUAAUCAUUUCAAAGGUCCCCAUUUGUUUUUAAAAUGACGAAUAAAAUUUCGUUCGUUUUAAUACGUAUUGUAUUCCGUACUUUAUUUACUAAUUACGAUUGCAAAUCGUACAAGGAGAUAAACCGAUUCAAAGAUUCAUCAAAAUACAUCACUAUUAUUAAAAAAAAUUAUAUUUUUUCCUUUGCUAAUCAAAUACGCUAGACAAAGUCUGAUCCGGACAUGAGGACGGAUGAUAAUAAUGUCCCCUUAACUAACUGAAAGUACGUAUUUCUUAAAUGAAAAGGCAAAUAAUUUACCAAAAGAGAAAAAAAAAUGGAAUUAAUACCGGAUAAUUCAGGCCGGUUGGUAAAUGUUCCCGGGGUGGGUAGUGAUGGCAAUGAGUCGGGCGAGGCGGGUACCUCAAUAUCCAUGUCCCGCCUCAUGCUAGUACGGGUCGGGGCGGGUAAUACCCGUGCAGGAACGAGGCGGGGCGGGUCGACCCACUCUUAUAUGUUAUUUGAGAAAAAUACACGCACAAUUUUACUUUUUAUGAUAAAACGAAGGGGAAAAUAUUUGAUGAAUGAAUAAUAGUGAUAAUAUAAUAAGUGAUUGAGUCUAUUUAGUUGAAAGAUCAAAUCUAAAUAGUUGAAUAAAAGUCAAAAUAGGAGAUAUAUGAAUGGAUGGGGUAAAAAAUUGACAUAGAAGAACUGGGUAAGAAUGGGGCGGGGCAGGGCGGGUCGGAAGUUGAUACACAUGCCUGCCCCACGCUAAUACGGUUCGGGUAAUACCCGCCCCAUCGUGGGUCGGGUCGGGUAUUACCCGGCGGGGCGGGUUCAAAUUGCGGUGGGCCGGGUUUUUACUAAUAUUACAUCAGAUUGAUUAAUUAGUAACAAUGCAUAUGAUUAAACUACUGUUUAAUUAAUAGCACAUAAAAGUUUGUGAAGUAGUGAUACAACUUAAUUUAAUUGUGACACAACACGUACUACCAGUACUUAUCGUGCAAAAUUAAUUCGACAUGCAUGUUAUUAAUUGAAUAAAAUAUGACCCACGUAGCUAACAUGUGCCGAUUAUUAAUUAAUCGUGCAUGCCGUUGAUUAAAUAAAACAACUAACUAAUAAGUGCCCAAUUAAUUAUUCUGAAGUAGCACUGCGGAUUGUGUUUCUGCAUCUUUGUUCUAAAUUUCUAAUAUGUGGCCGGCCGGCCGCCGGCCGUUUACUUCAUAACUGCGAUACUCUGCGACUGCAAUCAUCACCGUCGUCAACCGGACUUCAAUAAUUAAACUAGUUUAAGCAGAAUUAAUCGUCUCCCACAUUACAAUAUUAUAUAAAUUAAUAUAUUCCUCAUCAAUAACGUAGAUUGUGUGCCACUCCGUCGAGUUUCUACGCAAAAUUUGAUAGGGUUUUCGUUUUCUUCAUUGACCGUUGGUACGUAGGAGCAUUAAAAGUUUAUGACGGUUGGGUAUGAGUCGAAUUAAAUAAGAAGUGUUACGUAAAAUACGCAUCUAUUACGUAAAAGGUUACUUUCAAAAAAAAAAAUACUACGUAAAAGGUUACGGAACGAUGGUUAUUUCUAACGCAUCAAUUAAUAAGAAGUAUUACGUGAGAAUUCUGCAACGACUUAGCAAUUUACGUAACACACGAGGGCCGUCAGUAUUCAUUACAUAAAGCCUCCGUAAAGACACUUUACAACCGUUUUUUGUAAAACACACAUCCAUUACACGCGUAAAGGUUACGAAACGAUGGUUAUUUCUUACACAAUAGUCGUAUCAGAAGAUUUACGCAAGACUUUCGUAAUGACUUAAAAAACUUUAUGUAAUACUAGGUUAAUAUUCAUCCCGUAAAACGCCCAUUACAUAAGACUUCCGCAUUAACUUUUUACAACGGUUAUGUAAACCAAGCGUACAUCACGUAAUUAAUGCGUGGAUCUGGGGUGGGCGGCGCGGCGGUGGCCGUGGCGGUGGCGGUGGUCCAUGACGGAACGGCCCCGCCUCCCUCCGUUCAUCUACGCCAUGAAUGAGCCAACGCCGUUUUUUCGAGUCUCGGGACAGUCCCACGUGGCGGUCAUGUCAGCGGGCCCAUCCCUUCUCUCCUCUCUCACUCUGGCUCUGGUUAUGGGCACCCAGUCCUCUCUUCCUCCGCCACUUCUCUCCUUCUCUCUCGCCGGCCAUAUAUAGAUUAGAAACCUCCUAAUCUUCCCUCCACAUUUUACCUCCCUUCGCUUCAUCUUCCCACAAAUCACAACCCAGUCAAACUCGGGAGAAGAAUUCAGCGGUAGCUAGAAACAGCCAUGGAAAGAGGCUCUUCCUUAGCUUCACCACCGCCUGAUUCCCAGUUUUCCCACUUUACCGACUCCACCGCGCUGUUAAACCCACCGGCGGCGGCGGACUCCUUGAAAUGGCAUCAUCAAUUACGGUACAAUUUCCAUCAGCAGCAGCAAGAAGAGGAGGGUUCAUUCGGCGGCGAUUACAUGGGCUGCGUUUUGAACGGGUUUCACGGCAGCGGCGAAGGUGGGUUAGGGGAGGUGGUGGUGGAGAUGAGUCGGAGCCCUUCUUCUUCUUCUUCCGUCAAAUUGAAACCCGACCCGGGUUUCUGCUGGCCCGAUUUGGUUCUGGUUCGGAAUCGUGUGAACAGUUCGCCAACGGGCACCGAGUCGUCCUCACCGCCGGCGAUGGAGAAGCCUGCUGCAGCGGAGGUAGUAGAUAGGUCUAAGAAACGGAAAUUGGAGAAGCCCCAACAAUAUCAUCUUAACCCCAAGGUGGUUGCGGUGGACGAGGGCAGAGAAUCGAAGACUGAGAAGAUGAAAUCCGGCCGUGGAGAUGGAGGUGAUAAAAAGAGCAGCAAGAACAAGAACAUCAAGAAGGAGAAUUCCGGUGGGGAUAGCAGCAAUUCCAAAGUUACUCACGAAGUUCAGAGAACGGAUUACAUUCAUGUUCGCGCCCGCCGCGGCCAGGCCACUGAUAGCCACAGCUUAGCCGAAAGAGUAAGGAGGGAAAAGAUCAGCGAGAGGAUGAAAUAUCUACAGGAUUUGGUGCCUGGAUGCGACAAAAUCACAGGCAAGGCUGGGAUGCUUGAUGAGAUUAUCAACUAUGUGCAAUCCCUUCAGCACCAAGUUGAGUUCUUAUCCAUGAAACUAGCUGCUGUGAAUCCCGGCAUGGAUUUCAACAUCGACAGUACGUUCCCCAAAGAGGUGGUAACUGAUAGUGGGACCAAUUUACCGGCAGUGGGGUUGUCAUCGUCGAGCUCGGAUAUGGCAGCGGCUUACCUUCAUUUGAACUCAUUGCAACAACAGUUAUUGGGUUGCUCUAGUUUGGAGAUGGGUAUGAUGAUGAACUCUUCUUCUGCAGCAGCUGAUUUGGGGCUCAGAAGAACAAUCAGUACACCGAUCACAACCCCCGAAACAGAAACCUUCAUCGACGACUCCUCUUGUUUCCCACAGCAAGCAUCAAUUUGGGAUGCUGAUAUUCCAAGCAUUUACCAAGUGGCAUUUGAUCUAGCAAGAGCUACAUGAUUCCCACCUCAGCAAUUUGCAGGUACAAAGAAGCAAAAGAUGGAAACUUUGAAAAGAAUUUCAACUAGUAGUAGUGAUGGUGGUUAGGGAGAACCCCACAAUCUUGCAAAUCAUAUAAUUGCCUUUCUUUCCUUCUGAUUGAAGUGGGAAUGAAGUUGGUUAAGAUGUGUCUUUCAAUUCUUCUUUCAGAUGACAACAACCACUGAUUUUUCUUCUUCCCUUUACAAAGGGAAAGGAGAAAGGGAUCUCCAUUUUUUCACCCAUCAUAAUGGUGUCAUUUCCUUGAAAAGAGAAACCAACAAGAAGUGGGGGUUUGACCUAUUAGCUAGCUUCAUCAUCUCAAUGAUUGAUUAACGUUAAAACUUCCAUGAUGAUUCUGAUUGUUAGUCAAAUUAAUAAGCUUUUUUUAUAAAAUCAACAUUAUGCUGAUAAUGAUGAUGAUGAUAAGAACUAACCAAGUUAAGUGCUCCCUAACCUCCACACCAAAAUUCCCCUGCCUCCCAUUUCUCAUUACAUCAUGCUUAAAACUUGCAGGUUCAGUUGGAGCAUCCAAUCUGAAGAUGGAGAUGGAAAUGUGUAGAAGUUGGGAAGAGAGCUUCGUUAUGUUCAUGCCUCUGCAGAUUACAAUCUCUGAUGAUUUUUUUGCAGUUUUGCUUGCUUUUAGUACAUACCCAUCUGUAUAUUUUUUGUAUGUAUAUCCAUUAUUACUAUCAAUAAAAAGAUCAGCCUCGAUUUGAAGUCAUUUUUAAGUGCUUUCUCUUUAAUCAAAUACAAGUUAGACAGAUAGUAAUCAAUGAUGGAAUCUAUCAUCAAUGAGAUAUCACAGAAUGUAUGGUUGAUUGAUACCGGAUGAAGUAACGGCUUCGUUCGUUGACAGCUCCUGGCAGGCUUCAAUGGACAGAAGAAGAAAAAAUGCAGAAGAGAGAGUGAGCCAGAAAAGACAACGUAGCAUUCCAUUCCACCACCAGAGUUGCAACUCUAGCUAACAGUGGCGUUGCCUCUCUCAGAUUUCUAUUGUUAAGCUUGUUGACUGCUACUGAUUUGAUGGUGUUGUGUGGUGGCUGAAGAUCAUGAAGAAGCUCGCGCAUGAUGAUGGUCGCAGUCAGUCAACAAUGGGGCUGGAGGAGGCAACUUGUGCUGUUCAUUCUUGUGUAGCUGCUUUCAUUGUGGCAUUGGAUAGCCUUUACCUGAUGGAUAAUCUAUAUAGAGUAGAGUGACCACAGAACGGCCCUGGACCAUUUGCAUUCACUCUCACACCGCCCUCUCCUUGUCAACCCCGAUUUUCCAUAUCUUUCUUCUUCUUCUUCUUCUUCUUACUUUUGUUAGUCGAGAAGAUUGAGGAAUCAGAUCGUCUGUGGGAACAAAAGUAAUAACCAGGAACAGGAAUACUACUUUACUACAAGAGUAAUCCAGCUACGGUCCUAAUGUCCAUAGAAUAAAAUGGCUAAGAAAUUCCUUCCCACUUGCAGUCAAACUUGUUCCUGCAGAAUCUGCAGCAGCUACUGCUACUAGCUUGGCAGUCGCAGUCUCGCAGAUAUGCUGAUAAUGUGUCCAUGUCCUCUAUUUUGCCCUUUACUUUUCAGGAUUCAUAGUUCUAACUGUCCUAGAGUUGAGUGUCGGUUGGCACCAAUCCAUACAACUUUGGUGUAUGGGGUCAGAAUCCACCCAAUCUACCUGCUCCAUUGCUCAUCCCAAUCCACUUAGGGCAUGAUAAUACGAUGUUUACGGGUCGGUUUUAACAUGGUAUGGGAACUUUUAUGAGCCGUGUUGAGUUGAGAUUUCACAGACUUGUCACGACGAGCAUGAUGUGGUUAGAUUAUGGAGUUGCGUUGAGUUGGAUAACUAAAGGGGGACAACUGGU